UUUGUUGAAAGAAAACCCUGCCUCAUUAUCUCAUCUACUAUUCAUUUUCCCAUAUUUUAUUUGUGAUUUUUUUCUUCUUCUUAGAAUUCUUGAAUCUCUGAAGAGCCUAUCCACUGGCCAAUGGAAUGGCACAGUCGGUUUAAGAAGGGAGUGGAGUAGGAGUCAGUGAUUCUAGUGGUUUCCUGCCAAAAGACCCCACCUUUUUGCCUUUUCAUUUGUUUAUUUUGUUUGUGCCUUUUUUUCUUUUCAGAAAUCUUCCAGUCCUCCUCCUGUAAGACAAGUUUGUAAGGACAAGAUCUUCUGUACAAUGGAUGAGCUUCAUAUCUGAAAAUAUUUACUGCAGAGGAUGGUCUGAGGAGAAGUUCUUUUGCAUGGCGAGUCGUCAGAGAGUUGGAGAGACUGGUCUAUCAGGUUCAGGACCAUCAAAUCAACAUAUGCCAUAUGCAGUUUUACAGGGGAUUGGCCAUCCUGCAACCAAUUUAAUUAAUCAGCAAGGACCUGCCUUUGAUUUUGGAGAGUUGGAAGAGGCAAUUGUUCUUCAAGGAAUUAAGCUUGGUGAUGAUGCCAAAAAAGCUUUUUUCACAGCCAGGCCAGCUGCUACUCUGGAGAUGUUCCCUUCAUGGCCAAUGAGAUUCCAGCAGACUUCCAGAGGAAGUUCGAAGUCGGGAGAAGAGAGCAGUGAUUCAGGAUCUGGGCUGAAUACUGAUGCCCAGUUGGAACCAGAAUCCCCUAUCAGUAACAAGGCACCACCGGAUCAGGCGCUUGAUCAAAGGCAACUACAAGUAGAGAUGGCAAGUGAUGAUACUUUCAGAACUAGACUAACACCAAAUCAACAAGCCAACCCACUGGAAAAGAGGAAGGGCGCACCUAGUUCAACUUCAGAGAAAGUCCUUGAUGCAAAGGUCAUGACUUUGAAAACGGGAGGGACGUUGAGACGUUUAGCCCAGAAUAGAGAAGCAGCAAGGAAGAGUAGACUGAGAAAAAAGGCUUAUGUACAGCAGCUAGAGUCUAGUCGGAUAAAGCUUUCUCAACUAGAACAAGAUCUUCAACGAGCCAGAUCUCAGGGUCUUUUAUUGGGAGUGGGAGGUAGUUCAGGUGGAAACAUCAGCUCCGGUGCGGCGUUAUUCGACAUGGAAUAUGGGAGAUGGUUAGAGGAUGAACAGAGGCACAUGUCGGAGCUCCGGACAGGUUUACAGGCUCACCUAUCGGACGGCGAACUGAGAUUGAUAGUGGAUAGAUACUUAUCCCACUACGACGAGAUCUUCCACCUCAAGGGAGUCACCGUCAAAUCUGACGUCUUCCACCUUAUCACCGGAAUGUGGAACACUCCAGCUGAGCGCUGCUUCCUCUGGAUGGGCGGCUUCCGUCCCUCAGAACUCAUUAAGAUAUUGAUGGCAGAGUUGGAUGCGUUCACGGAGCAGCAGUUGAUAGGGAUAUGCAGCUUGAAGCAGUCGUCGCAGCAAGCGGAAGAGGCAUUGUCACAGGGGCUGGAGCAGCUCCAUCACUCUCUCUCUGACACAAUCGCCUCAGACCCUCUCUCCUCCCUGGGUGGUGAUGGAAUCAUCACCAACAACAAUAACCACGUCGCUGACUACAUGGGCCAGAUGGCCCUCGCCCUCGCCAAACUCUCCAACCUCGAAGGUUUCGUCCGCCAGGCUGAUAAUUUGAGACAGCAAACACUUCACCAGAUACGCCGGAUCCUGACUGUUAGACAAGCAGCAAGAUCUUUUCUUGCAAUCGGGGAGUACUACGAUAGGUUACGAGCCCUUAGUACCCUCUGGGCAACCCGUCCUCGAGAGAACAUGAUCGGGGAUGAUAGCUCAUACCAAACGACGACAGAGUUGCAGAUGGUCCAAACCACCCAAUCCCAUUUUUCAAACUACUGAUCGACUCACACCACCAAUGAGAAGACAUUUGCCUGUUUGAGCAUGCAAAGCAACACCAAAUCUCCUUUGUCGUCCCAUUGCCAUUGGACUCUGCAGGCUAUACAAUAGGAGAGAGAGAGAGAGAGAUAUUUCUUGUCUUUUUUGUUUUAAUAUAUAAUUUCAUUAUAAUAUGUUAACACGUAAAUAUAACUAAUCAAUUUCAUAUUCCAUUACAGAAGCU